CUCUUCUCCUCGGCUCCUCCCGCAGGCUGCAGCCGGGGAAGCGUCCAGGAGUCGGGACACACGGACCGGACAGUCAGCCGGAGGUCCAACCGCCGGAGCUGCAGGCCGAUACCGCACCGAGCCGACAUGGAGCACCAGGAGCGGGGACAGUGAGCCGGAGCUCCGCGUGAUGUCAUGGCGUCCCGGCUGUUGGACCGUUUGAAGCGCUCGUUGUUUAAAGAUGGUCAGGGGGCGGGACCUGAACAGGAAGUCGGCAGCGGACAGGAAGAGGAGGAGGAGGUGGUGAAGGAGGACCGCUGGGAGGCGGAGCUGGAGGAGGAGGAGGAGUGUGUGACGGACAGACUCGGGGGAACGCUGUGCUUCGACAGCGCAGGAGGAGGAGGAGGAGCGGAGGACGGGGCGGAGGGAGACGGGUCGGGGAUGGACAGUGACUCUGACUUCCUGGGAGAGUCGAUGGAGGAGGGGCUCAGCAGCACCGACACCAGUCCAGUGGGCGUGUCCCCAGUCGGCCCGUCCCCGUCCUCUCUGCUAACUCGGCAGCUUCAGGAGAGCUGGAGGAGCCUUCGUGGGCUCAGUGGAGGAAGUCCCGCCCCCGCUGGUCGGCGGCUGACGGACAGUUUGAUGUUCGAGGUGACGGACGCCAGCGUGGUGCAGGACGGCUCCUCCAAAUACGUGCUCUACACCGUCCAUGUGAUCCAAUCCGGCGGCAGCGACAAGACUCCCGCCAUCAUCACCCGCCGAUACUCCGACUUCCAGCGCCUCCACGCCACUCUGCGCCGUAACCACGGAGACCAGAUGGAGCGCGUCUGUUUCCCACGAAAGAAGCUGCGUCGGAACUUCACGGCGGAGACGAUCGCCAAGCGGAGCCGAGCGUUCGAGCAGUACCUGUCUCACCUGUGCUCUCUGUCGGCCCUGCGGGGGGCGCUGUGCGUCAGACACUUCUUCUACCUGAGCGACCUGCAGACGGCUCAGCUGCUCAUCAGGGUGGGUCGCUACCAGGAGGCUUUGGGUCCGCUGCUCAACGCCAAGAGACUGCAACACAAACUGGGCUGGGCGUGUUACUAUGACGACCAGGCCCAGACCCCGCCCCCGGCCUCCUCCCAUUGGUUCUUCACCCUGGUGGGUUUGUCGUGUUGUUUCCAGGAAGUGGAUCAGCUGGAGGAGGCUCGAGACCAGAGCGACCUCGCCCUGCGCGUCCUGACCCCCCCCUCGCCGCCACAGACUGACACGGACGACCAGCCCCUCCCCGCCCCCCCGUCUGACCCCGCCCCCCCGUCUGACAUGCCGCACCCCCUCCUGCUGCCGUUGCUACGGGCGACGGUCCGGCUGUCGUGGCAGACGGGCAAAGACAAGCGGCAGUGGGAAGGACUGCUGCAGCAGCUGGAGGAGCAGGGGGGGGGGCUCGAUAACCAGCCCACCUUAAAAGAGUUCCUGGUUAAACACAACCUGCAGGAGGAGGGGGGGGACGCGUAGACACACACACACGCACACGCACACACACACGCUGCAGAGUACAAUCACUCACAGAAUACAGCUGAAAUAUUUAGAGAGAAAAAGUCUAAAUAUUUCAAA